CAGGCUAAUUUUUAAGUUGAUAAUUUUGUAUGGCCCACUAAUGAUGUUAAGUGUAUCCAAAUGGCUCUUGGAAGAAAAAGGUUCCCCACCUGUCCUGUCUAGCUAAGCAGGGGUCCAUGGGUGUGUUUUAAGCUAGGAAAGUAUGUAUCAUCAGGUUGGAUUCCCUAGAAGCAGAACCUGAGAAGAUUUGCAUCCAGGUGAUUUGUUGAGAAAACACUCCCAGAAGGGAGUCGGGAAGCAUGAAAGGGAAGAAGAGCAGGAGGCCAGGAAAGGAUGUGAUCUCAGGUAAAAGUCCAGAGCCAGUAAGUUGUGCCAGAGUUGGAGGCAAGAGAGCUAAGCCCCACAGACACUGGUUAAUGUCUGCCGGGAGGUACCUGAAACAGUCCUCAGCAAGUUCAGGCAAAGCUCUUCCCUUAGCCAGAGGGGCAUCUGUCAAAUAAGAACCUCUGGUGCUGUAGUUUGAAAACACAGCAUUUAGCUGGCACACGUAAGCAACAGAGGCGCCAGGGGAUCUGGGCGGAACUUCUGUAUAGGUUUUGGAGAAAAAUCAGAUUUGCACAUUAGAAGAACCACUGGUGGUUGGUGGAUAGGAGGGAGAACAGUGAGGAGGUGGGUGGAGUGACCCUGAUCAGGGAUUUACAAAGCUUAUGGUAAUCAUUAACUAAAGGGAUAGCAUCCCUAAUUGAAGAUGUCAGGUGAAGUCAAAAGUGAGGCACCAGAACCCUGCGUAGAUAGAAUAACUAUGUUGAAGAUGGGGGAGUGAGAGAAGAUGUUACGAUUUUAAUUUUUUAUUUCCUUUCUCCUGUUUCUUUUUUUAAAAUGCUGCCAGACACCUGGCAUUCAUUGCCCUCCCCCAAACUCCAUUUCCCUAAAGCGCAGUUACCAGCAUUUACACUGCCAACCCCCACAAAUACCUAACUCAGAUAUUUCUUGAUCUGUAACCUGAGUCCCAUUCUCUGGCCCUGAGCAUGUCACCACUCUUAGAAUUGUUUCCAAGUCCAACAGCCAAAUUAUAAGUCGAAGAUUCAGAGAGUGGCCAAGAGGAAUGUUUAUUGAGCACCUACCCUGCCUGGCAUUGUGCAGUGCACUUACUUUAUACAUAUGAGAGGUAGAUGAAUACAUGGUUUAACCUCUAUUUAGUUAUAUGGUUUGAACAGUUAUAUAUAGUUUAAUCCUUAAACACUCUGCACAACUUACCCGGAGGAGGGUCAGAACCCAGGAAUCCUCGCUAAGCCCACCACCUCCAUUAUGCCCACUGCCUCUGCUGGUUUCUGUUCCGGGGACGUCUGGUUUGGGGGGCCUGACCCUUCCUUUGGAAAGGCUGGAUUCUGAGGGGUUUAUUGGCGGCCCCGGGAGACACCUCCAGCUCCCCCACCCCUGUAUCCUGCUUCCAUCCUGAACAAGCAAGGCCGUUUCUUCCAUCUGCAAAAAGGGGUGAGCGGUCUAAGGCAGGCGGAAGCGGCGGCGCAGGAGUGGGUGUCAGGCCUCCAGCCAACUCGGGCCGCGGGGACAGCGAGAACAGCGCCCCCUGCGAGCCGGCGCGGCGCGGCUUCCUCGGCGCAGGGCCUUGAAGAAGCUCGGCUGACUCAUCACCCGGGGAGGCCUCCGCGGCCAGGCGCAGCCACCCCAGCAGCCGGAAGGCAGGAACUCCCGGGUGAGCGGCAGCGCGUCCCGGCCGAGACGCCAGCGGACCAAUGAGCUGCCGCCACGUCACAGACUCCGCCCCCGCCGCGCGCCGCCCCGGAGCCGCGGCGCGGGCAUCUGGCGUCAUUUCCACCUCAGCGAUGGCGGCCCCGGGGGCCGCUGCAGCGGUUGCGGCCGCGACUUCAGGGGUCGCGGGGGAGGGCGAGCCCGGGCCCGGGGAGAAUGCGGCGGUUGAGGGGGCCGCCCCAUCCCCGGGCCGCCUCUCUCCGCCGACCCCGGCGCGCGGCGAGCCGGAAGUCACCGUGGAGAUCGGAGAGACUUACCUGUGCCGGCGGCCGGACAGCACCUGGCAUUCCGCUGAAGUGAUCCAGUCUCGAGUGAAUGACCAGGAGGGCCGAGAGGAAUUCUAUGUGCACUAUGUGGGCUUUAACCGGCGACUAGACGAAUGGGUAGACAAGAACCGGCUGGCACUGACCAAGACGGUGAAGGACGCCGUGCAGAAGAACUCGGAGAAGUACCUGAGCGAGCUGGCCGAGCAGCCUGAACGCAAGAUCACUCGCAACCAAAAGCGCAAGCACGACGAGAUCAACCAUGUCCAGAAGACCUAUGCAGAGAUGGACCCUACAACAGCAGCUUUGGAGAAAGAACACGAGGCGAUCACCAAGGUGAAGUAUGUGGACAAGAUCCACAUCGGGAACUACGAAAUCGAUGCCUGGUACUUCUCACCGUUCCCCGAAGACUAUGGGAAGCAGCCCAAGCUCUGGCUCUGCGAGUACUGCCUCAAGUACAUGAAGUAUGAGAAGAGCUACCGCUUCCACCUGGGCCAGUGUCAGUGGCGGCAGCCCCCAGGAAAGGAGAUCUACCGCAAGAGCAACAUCUCUGUGUACGAGGUGGAUGGCAAAGACCACAAGAUUUACUGUCAGAACCUGUGUCUUCUGGCCAAGCUUUUCCUGGACCACAAAACAUUGUACUUCGACGUCGAGCCCUUUGUCUUUUAUAUCUUGACUGAGGUGGACAGACAGGGGGCCCACAUCGUCGGCUACUUCUCAAAGGAGAAGGAGUCUCCAGAUGGAAACAAUGUGGCCUGCAUCCUGACCCUGCCUCCCUACCAGCGCCGCGGCUACGGAAAGUUCCUCAUUGCUUUCAGCUACGAGCUGUCCAAGCUGGAGAGCACCGUAGGCUCCCCUGAGAAGCCCCUGUCCGACCUGGGCAAGCUCAGCUACCGCAGCUACUGGUCGUGGGUCCUGCUGGAGAUUCUGCGAGACUUCCGCGGCACGCUGUCCAUCAAGGACCUGAGACCCCACAGGGACCUCCCAGCAUCUGCUCCAAUCCCUUUCUGCAGCCAGAUGACCAGCAUCACGCAGAAUGACAUCAUCAGCACCUUACAGUCCCUCAACAUGGUCAAGUACUGGAAAGGCCAGCAUGUCAUCUGUGUCACACCCAAGCUAGUCGAGGAGCACCUCAAAAGUGCUCAGUAUAAGAAACCACCCAUAACAGUGGACUCUGUUUGCCUCAAGUGGGCACCCCCCAAGCACAAGCAAGUCAAACUCUCCAAGAAGUGAGUGGCCUGUGCCCUGCUGCUGGACCUGUGGCUCCUCUCCCCCAGCCUGUAAAUAUGUACAGCCUGUUUCAUCGUUUUUUAAAAUAAAGUAAGUUCUGCCGGUG